UCGCGGCGGCGGCGGCGGCGGCGAGGAGGGGGGAGAGCGGGCUGCGCGGCCGCGGCUGCCGGGCGCUGGGCUGGGCGGCGCUUCUUCUUCUUCUUUUUUUUUUUCGCAAUUUCCACUCGCGGGGAGCAGGAAACCCGGCGCAGCCGGGCGCAGCGGGCCGCGAUGCAGCAGCAGCAGCAGCACCAGCAGCAGCAGCAGGAAUCGCCCCGGGGCAGCAGCGGCAGCAGCAGCAGAGGCAGCAGCGGGCGGCGCUGAGCCGCCGCGGCGGUCGCUACCGAGGAGAAAGCCGGCCCAGCCGCCGCCGCGUCCCGACCCUCGCGCCCCAGUCCCCGCGCCCCGGUCCCGGCGUCCAACCCCCGCGCCCGCCUCCGCCAACUUUCACGCUGCCUCGGCGGCCCGGCCCGGCUCGACGCCAAUGGUGGAGGCCAUAGUGGAGUUUGACUACCAGGCCCAGCACGACGAUGAGCUGACUAUCAGCGUGGGUGAGAUCAUCACCAACAUCAGGAAGGAGGAUGGAGGCUGGUGGGAGGGACAGAUCAACGGCAGAAGAGGUUUGUUCCCUGACAACUUUGUAAGAGAAAUAAAGAAAGAAAUGAAGAAAGACCCUCUCUCCAGCAAAGCUCCAGAAAAGCCCAUGCACGAAGUGUCCAGUGGAAAUGCUUUGCUAUCAUCUGAAACAAUUCUAAGAACCAACAAGAGAGGCGAGCGACGGAGGCGCCGUUGCCAGGUGGCAUUCAGCUACCUGCCCCAGAAUGACGAUGAGCUUGAGCUGAAAGUCGGCGACAUCAUAGAGGUGGUAGGAGAGGUAGAGGAAGGAUGGUGGGAAGGCGUUCUCAAUGGAAAGACCGGAAUGUUUCCUUCCAACUUCAUCAAGGAGCUGUCGGGGGAGUCGGAUGACCUGGGUAUUUCGCAGGAUGAACAACUCUCCAAGUCAAGUUUAAGGGAAACCACAGGCUCCGAGAGUGAUGGGGGUGACUCGAGCAGUACCAAAUCCGAAGGUGCCAACGGGACAGUCGCAACUGCAGCAAUCCAGCCGAAGAAAGUUAAGGGAGUGGGCUUCGGAGAUAUAUUCAAAGACAAACCAAUAAAACUAAGACCAAGGUCGAUUGAAGUAGAGAAUGACUUUCUACCAGUGGAGAAGACUAUUGGAAAGAAGUUACCUCCAGCUACAACUCCGGAGCCGUCAAAACCAGAAAUGGACAGCAGGACAAAGACCAAGGAUUACUGCAAAGUAAUAUUUCCAUAUGAGGCACAGAAUGAUGAUGAAUUGACAAUCAAAGAAGGAGAUAUAGUGACUCUCAUCAAUAAGGAUUGCAUCGACGUGGGCUGGUGGGAAGGAGAGCUCAAUGGCAGACGAGGAGUUUUCCCUGACAACUUCGUGAAGUUACUUCCACCUGACUUUGAAAAGGAGGGCAAUAGACCCAAGAAGCCGCCUCCUCCAUCCGCUCCUGUCAUCAAGCAAGGGGCAGGUACCACUGAGAGAAAACAUGAAAUUAAAAAGAUACCUCCUGAAAGACCGGAAACACUUCCAAAUAGAACAGAAGAAAAAGAAAGACCAGAGAGAGAGCCAAAACUGGACUUACAGAAGCCUUCCGUUCCUGCCAUACCGCCAAAAAAGCCUCGGCCACCCAAGACCAAUUCUCUCAGCCGACCGGGUGCACUGCCUCCCAGGAGGCCUGAACGACCAGUGGGUCCCCUGACCCACACCAGGGGUGACGGUCCAAAGAUUGACUUGGUGGGCAGUUCGAUCUCUGGCAUCCUGGACAAGGAUCUCUCGGACCGCAGCAAUGACAUCGACCUAGAAGGUUUUGACUCCGUGGUAUCAUCUACUGAGAAACUCAGCCACCCAACCACAAGCAGACCCAAAGCCACGGGGAGACGGCCCCCGUCCCAGUCCCUCACAUCCUCUUCCCUUUCAAGCCCUGAUAUCUUUGACUCCCCAAGUCCCGAAGAAGAUAAAGAGGAACACGUUUCGCUUGCACACAGAGGAGUGGAAGCAUCAAAGAAAACUUCAAAGACUGUUACCAUAUCCCAAGUGUCCGACAACAAAGCAUCCCUGCCGCCCAAGCCAGGGACCAUGGCUGCAGGUGGUGGUGGCGGGCCAGCCCCUCUGUCCUCGGCAACAUCCUCCCCCCUGUCAUCCUCUUUGGGAACAGCAGGACACAGAGCCAACUCCCCGUCUCUGUUUGGCUCGGAAGGAAAACCAAAGAUGGAGCCUGCGGCCAGCAGCCAGGCGGCCGUGGAGGAGCUAAGGACGCAGGUCCGCGAGCUGAGGAGCAUCAUUGAGACCAUGAAGGACCAGCAGAAACGAGAGAUUAAGCAGUUACUGUCAGAGUUGGAUGAAGAGAAGAAAAUCCGGCUUCGGUUGCAGAUGGAAGUUAAUGACAUAAAGAAAACUCUUCAAUCAAAAUGAAUACUUGAUCAAUGAAAUGUCACAUUAUUCAUCCUGAGUCCAAGACUCAAAUUUUCCGCCCCAGCCAAAAUAACCUUGUGCCAAAAGAUUAAAGGUUUGCCUCCACACGUCCCUGUUUGAAAGAUUAGCACAGAAGUCUUGAUAGCACAACACAAAUUCCAUCCAAGAGGAGACUCUUCCCCCUGGUAUAAUCCUGGGCACAGCACUGGUUGUGACUUAGAGCGAAUUGUGCUAAAGGCUUUUUUACUGAGAUCUCACGCGAAACGAAAACUCAGGCAGUUUAGUCCAUAGUGGUACUAUUUUGAUGAUAUUUUCCAUUAAUAAAAUGUAAUUUCCGAUUA